UCUUGAGUGUGACAAUUUUACUUUGAGAGCAAGGGGACGAAAGCCUGGGGACCCUCGUUGGAACCUCUACAGGGUUGGAAAUUCUGCAACUGAGUAAUCGCCACAGGAUCCAGCAAUCAUUUUUACCUUAAGACCCCGAAGAACUGUGGGAUUUGAAUCUGAGAGUUGAAAAGCUGAGGCCGAGACUUCUAGAAGGCAACGGUGGGAGCUGCUAAUGCAAUAUGAUCCACUUGGACUUGCUCUAAAAAUACCAACCAGCCGUAGUACAUGCGCUGCAUUAAUUGGUGGAAAGAUUCAACAUUUUGUGUUGUAACUUUCUAAUUGGAUGUCUCAAUGAUGUGAGAAACAUAUUCCAAAAUAUUGAUGGUGCAGAAACCUUUUAACAUAUUGUUGGAUAUAUUCUGCAUCGCUUUUUUAUUAGUGAAGGUGGUGAUGGAGUAUUGUAUUUAAUGACAUCUGCUGAAAUGUUCGGAAAAUGUUUACCAUAUCAAAACACCAAAUUUUAAAGAAUUGCUUCAUUUAUGGAAGAUCCAUCCAAGUUGUAAAUGUUCAUUGAAGCAUUAAGCAGUCAAUAAAGUCCAAAAGUCUGUGAAGAAGUUCUCAAGUUGAUCAUGAGGAAGGCCGAGAUCCAAAUGACCCUCAAGAAGGGUGCUGAUGAAGAACCGGGAGGAAUGGCACAUCCAAGCCCCAGGAUACCUCCGAAGCGAGCAAAAGUGAGUUCCGAUCAGCUCGUACCGGACCCUUCCGGUUCUGUCUACCCAACCCCGACCCCUCCGGUUUUCAUUCGGAAGAUGAGGAACGCCGCUGUAGGGACCGGUUGUGAUAUCCGUCUGAAAGUGGCCGUUGCUGGAGACCCUCAACCUUCUCUCUAUUGGUACCACAAUGAUGACCUGCUCGACAUGGACAACCAGGAAUAUGGAGGAUUGUGGAUCAGAGAUUGCAAACCCAGUGAUGCUGGCCUCUACAGCUGCAUUGCCACCAAUAGUCUCGGAGACGCCCGGAGCAGUGCUGUCCUGGCUGUUUUGGAUUUGGGUGAAGACUCAGAGACUACAGAAGACGAAGCCACUGAGCCACAAAUACCCCUGGAAGGUAAAGAAGGGGCCAGAGGUUUUCAAGAUGAGGCCCAACGUGUGCCUGCAGGUCAAAGGAUGAUGGAUGUCGCCCCAGAUACGAGCGAUCACUGGGCAGGCGGUGAGACCUCAGUGUUGGAAAGAGAAGCACCAUCCCUAGGAUCAAGAGCACCAGGACAGCAGUCAGCCAGGCAAGCCAACAGCCGGGAGCCGACGGGCACCCAGAUCAGGCACCUAGGGGUCGAGCCUCUGAUUCGAGCGUCACGCGCCAAUCUGUCCCGUCCAGUGUGGGGGUCCGAGGAAAGUGUGUCUUUAGCUAGCGAUUACUAUGGUAGCACAUUCAGUCUUUAUAGAGGAAGGACUUUUUCUGUACCCCUGUAAGUAAAAAU